CGCCGUCGCCUCGACUCGAAUGGCCACGGUGGUGGAGAAGAUGGCCGAGCUGAACAUGUGGAAACGAUCGGUGUCGGAGGCGCCAGUGCCGAGAAGACGGCGUCCCUGGAGCCCCGCCCAGGGCUCUCGGACGAGCAGCGGGCCCGCAUCGAGAGCAACCGGCUUCUGGCGCAGCAGAGGAAGCAGCAGCAGCUGCUCCGGCAGCAGGAGCAGAGUGCUGCUGCGACGGUCGUGGAGCCCGCUGCUGCGCCUGAGAUCUCCGCAGAGCAGCGGGAAGCCCGCAUAGAGCAGAACCGCGCGCUGGCGGCUGAGAGGAGGCGGCUGCAGCAGCUGCGGGCGCAGUCGGCGUUGGGUGCGCAGGGGGAGUCCGACGUCGGCGCCGCGCUGCUGGGGCCCGUGGCGGUCGACGUGGUCGAGUGCGAGGGCACCGCGGCGCAGGGCGGCUUGCAAGGCCACAGCACCGAGAACUGCUCGACGUCGGUGCCGAGCUCCACAGAGGAUUCCGACGACUCCGAGGAUUCGUCGGCAGAGAGCUCCAGCGACGAGUCCACCAUGAGCACGGGCUCGGUGGCGUCCAGCUGCCCCAGCGCGGCCGGGUCGGCCUGCAGCGCGGAGAACCUCGGCGCGAGCUCCGACUCGGAAGAAGGUUGUGCCAACUCGGACGCUGCGCAGUCCGCAUCCGAGUCCGGGGAGCUCGCGAAGCCAAGGGCGGCUUGCACCCAGCCGCAGCUUCGCCUCUCUGGAGCUCAGCGGCAGCGCAUCCUGCAGAACCAGCAGCUGGCGCUGAAGAAGCAGAGCCUGAGGGAGGCGCGGCCCAGGCGUGCGAGCGGCCGCGCCCAGUGCUGGGCGUCGGCCAAUCUACUGCCUGGAUCUUGUCCCCGAUGGGGUGACGUGCGGAAACACUGCCGAAGAGAGAGCGAACAGCCAAGCAGAAGUUGGUGGCCGAGGUGCUGUGCCGCUGGUGGUACGUGCUGCCCCCCUGGCCGCCCGUGGACUUUGACGCGCAGGCAGCGCUGUGGUCCCGGGGCUGCCGGUGCGUGCCCGUGGAGGCCUUCGAGUACGAGCCAGAGGUCGACGAGCAUGGCAGGAAGAAGGUGUUCGCCGUGA